ACUUUGCUGAGACAAGACAGUUAUUAGGCGGCGCGCGGCGGCCGGCCGAGAGCUGGUGGAGGCGCGGCAGCGACCGGCGCGCGGUAGCGCGCGGCUGAGGCCACUCCGAUCGGCAGAGGCAGCUCCGAUUCCCAGCAGCCCUCGCUCUGUGUUCCGAGUCCCCGGCCCCUAGACGCCUCGUCCCCUCACGCCUGCUUCUCUAUCCCUAUGGAUUCACUUCAGACUGGACAGAUGCUGAGCUUGCCCGCCGAGCUCGGCAGCGACAACUUAGAACUGGCGGAGCCGGCGGCAUCGGUGGCCCGCGGAGACACGGAGCCCCACCCGGAGGCGGCCACAGAAGGCCCCGCACCUUUAGACGCUCCGGAGCCGGGGCCGGAGUCGGGGCCCGAGCCGGGGCUGGAGUCGGGGCCGGAGUCGUGGCCGGAGUCGUGGCCGGAGUCGGGGCCGGAGCCGGAGCCGGAGCCGGAGCCGGGGCCGGGGCCGGAGUCGGGGCCGGAGUCGGGGCCGGAGCCGGGGCCGGAGUCGGGACCGGAGCCGGGGCCGGAGUCGGAGCCGGGGCCCGAGCGGCAGCCGGGGCCGCCUCCUCAGACUUCGACGCCGGAGUGCAAAGUCCUGCUCACGAAGGCUGACGCCCUGGCGUCUGGGGGGCGCCUCCGGGAAGCCCUCGAGGUGUACCGCCAGCUCUCCGAACGGCAGCAGCUGGUGGCCGAGCAGCUGGAGCAGCUGGUGCGGUGCCUGGCGGAGAAAGUCCCGCAAGGCGAGGCUCCGGCGCUGGCGCCCCCGGACGGGAGCGGUGCGGCGAGCCGCGAGGCGGCGGCCGAAGAGGCAGGGGCGCCAACCGCCGCCGAGGCUACCGAAGUGUGGGACGGCUUCAAGUGCCGGAAGUGCCACGGCUUUCUGUCAGACCCCGUGUCCCUGUCGUGCGGCCACACCUUUUGUAAACUCUGCCUGGAACGCGGGCGGGCGGCCGACCGGCGGUGUGCGCUGUGCGGGGUCAAGCUCCCGGCCUUGAUGGUGGCCGGCGGCAAGGCGCGCCCGGCCCCCCAGCGGGACGGGCAGCAGGCGGCGGCGACGACGACGACAACGACGACAACGACCACGACGCCGCAGCCGCCACCCGCGGCGCCACCGCCGCCGCAGCCGCCGCCGCCGCCGCCGCUGCGGGUCAACGUGGUGCUCAGUGGCCUCCUGGGCAAGUUGUUCCCAGGCCCGGCGCGGGCGUCGCAGCUCCGGCACGAGGGCAACCAGCUGUACCGCGAGCACCAGGUGGAGGCGGCGCUGCUCAAGUACAACGAGGCGGUUCGGCUAGCUCCAAACGACCACUUGCUUUAUAGCAACCGGUCUCAAAUUUAUUUCACCUUGGAGUCUCACGAGGACGCACUGCAUGAUGCAGAAAUAGCAUGUAAGCUCCGCCCAAUGGGUUUUAAGGCACACUUCAGAAAAGCACAGGCCUUGGCCACCUUAGGCAAGGUGGAGGAAGCACUAAGGGAGUUUCUAUAUUGUGUGUCCCUCGAUGGAAAGAACAAAAGAGCAAGAUCUGAAGCCCAAAGGCUUCUCCUUAGUUUCUUUUCACCAUCAGUCCCGGGGGAGUCUCAGGAACAUUUUCCCGAUAUCCUGAAGUUGUUGGCACCUCACCCUAGAUUAAAGGAACACGUAGAGUCAAUGGCUACUGAAGGCACCAGUCAUAAUCUACCAAAGUUACCACAGGAAAGCCGGGAGCUCCCGCACUGCUCUAGUCAGGAGGAAGCAGCGGCCGCGGGAGACCGCAGCAGCCUGGAGAACCCAGUUAAAGUAGAGGGGGAGGGGCAAGAAGGCAACGGGAAAGGCCAGGCAGGAGACCAGGAGGAGAAGGGGGAUGCUGCCUCUGCCAAGGCUGGCAAAUGCCAAGAAAAGAAAAGGAAACGUUGUCAAUUUGGACCCCAAGACCCAGAGGUGCCUACUAAAGCCAGAAAGCCAGAUCCUGCCGCCGACCAGGGGGCCAGAGCUGCAGUCAGUGCUCCACUCCCGUCCUUUGAUGCAUCUGACCUUGAAUGCUCCCUGUGUAUGAGAUUAUUCUACGAGCCAGUCACAACACCUUGUGGUCAUACAUUUUGUUUAAAAUGCCUUGAAAGAUGCCUAGAUCACAAUGCAAAGUGUCCGCUGUGCAAAGAUGGUCUUUCGCAGUGCUUGGCAUCCAGAAAAUAUAGCAAAAAUGUCAUAAUGGAAGAGCUAAUAGCUAAAUUCCUGCCAGAAGAAUUCAAGGAACGCAGGCGGCUUUAUGAAGAAGAAAUGGAAGAACUUUCUAACUUGAAUAAGAACGUGCCUAUUUUCGUGUGCACUAUGGCCUACCCCACGGUUCCUUGUCCCCUGCACAUUUUUGAGCCUUGUUACCGUCUGAUGAUCCGUAGAUGCAUCGAAACAGGUACAAGACAGUUUGGCAUGUGCCUUGGAGAUCCUGUCAAAGGGUUUGCGGAAUAUGGCUGCAUCCUAGAGAUCAGAAAUGUUCAGUUCUUUGCUGAUGGCCGCUCGGUGGUGGACAGCGUAGGCAAGAGGCGCUUCAGGGUCCUCCAUCAGGGCCAGCGAGAUGGUUACAAUACAGCCGACAUUGAAUACAUUGAAGACCAAAAGGUUCAAGGAGAGGAUCAGGCUGAGCUCAUGGGAUUACAUAACUGUGUCUAUGAGCAAGCGUCAUCAUGGUUUCAUUCGCUCAAAACCUCUCUGAAGAAUCGGAUACUCAAUCACUUUGGUCCAAUGCCAGAGAAAGAUGCUGAUCCUCAGGUGAGCCCGAACGGCCCAGCCUGGUGCUGGUGGACAUUAGCGGUUCUUCCACUGGAAAGCCGAGCUCAGCUCCCGUUCCUAGCGAUGAGGUCCUUGAAGGACAGACUGAAUGGGAUUCGGCGAGUCCUGGCCUUUAUAUCCCGGAACCAAAACUAGCAAGAGUGGAUCGCUGAGGAGAAGCCCCCCCCUCCC